AUGGGCAAAAACACCGACAAACUAUUCAUCACGCACUCUGAAUGGAGCGGUCCAGACAAGCACAGCGCAGCCGGCGGCGUGGCGGCGCGGAAAGGCGUGUCGCAGCAUGCGCGGCGGUUGCCGUUUACUUAUUGCUCGCUGAGCUUGCAGCCGUUUAAGAAGGCUGUUUGUGAUGAGUAUGGGAAUAUUUUUGACGAGGAGCACAUGGAGAAAUGGCUCGCCAAACACUCUAAGAACCCGAUAACAAACGAACCGACGACGAUGGCGUCGCUGCUCAAGUUGAACUUCGAAAAGGAUAGCGAGGGACGGUAUAUAGACCCGGUGACGUUUAAGGUGCUGACGCCAAACAGCCACAUUGUGUGCAUCAAGACGUCUGGGAAUGUGUAUUCGAGAGAGACGGUGGAUGAGCUUAAUAUCAAGGCGAGGAAUUGGAGUGAUUUGGUCACCGGGGAGAAGUUUUCGGCAAAGGAUAUAAUCACUCUGCAGGACCCAAUGAACCUAUCCAGAGCCGUGCCAAAACCAGCACCUACAACGACCACCACAACCAAACUCUCUACAACAGCCAAAAGACCGGCCCCAGAGACCACCACGCCCGCGUCCAAAAAAGCCGCGCUGCCAUUCAACGCCUCGACAAGCACGACCGGCCGCGCGGCUGCGUCGCUGACGUCGACCGCUGCCUCGCUGUUUACGAAAUCGGACCGGCAGAUGCUGACGGACGACGAGUUUUUGCUGAAGCGGCGGCGGGUGAGGGAGAGCGGGUUUGUGCAGAUCCGGACGAAUUUGGGGAACUUGAAUGUUGAGCUGAAUACGCUGUACGCGCCAAAGGCGGUGUAUAACUUUCUCAAGUUGGCGGAGAAGGGGUAUUAUAACGGCGUCAAGUUUCAUCGGAAUAUCAGAUAUUUUAUGAUCCAAGGAGGAGAUCCGACGGGGACUGGCAGAGGAGGCCAGAGUUACUGGGGCGAGCCAUUCGAGGACGAGUUCAACUCUCCGCUAUCGCACGACGCCAGAGGUGUACUUUCGAUGGCCAAUAAGGGCAAAGACACAAACACAUCCCAAUUUUUCAUUCUGUAUCGACCAAAGCCGCAGUUAGACCGCAAACACACAAUCUUUGGAAAAGUAGUGGAAGGUCUCGAGAUCCUCGACAAGAUGGAAACCACGCCGACCGACGCCGAAGACCGGCCGCAGACCGAUAUCGUGAUCAAUGAGAUCGCGGUCGUGAUUGAUCCGUUUAAAGAGUUUAUGGAGAAAGUGAAGGCCAACGGCGGGGUUAUCCCCGAGGAAGUCAAGGGCAAGCGCAGGGCGGAGAGUGAGGUUGUGGAUGGGCGGAGUCAGGCGGAGAAGGAGUUGGAUGAGAAGAUGACGUGGUCUGGGAGGUUACUUGCUCCGCCGGGGGCUACGUCGGGGACGGCUACUGCGACCGGCGCGAAGAAGCGCGUGGUGGGGAAGUACAUGUAGGUUAGU